GAAAUGCACAAAAACAAAGCAGAAGAGACGAACACCUUCAUUUGCGCCCCCUCCUCUCUCUCUGUCUCUCUCUCUCUUUCUCUCUCUCUCUCUCUCUGGUCGAUGAAAUUCCUGCAGCGGACGACGGGAUCCGCGUUUUUCGAUUCCUGAAACUUGCCAUUCGAUCAACCUCCGCCUGUAGCAGCCGUCGCCAACACCAUCCUCUCUAUCUGAAGAAAGUGCAUGGAGGGUUAGCUGGUAAGGCACCUUCUUUGAAAGGAGGCUUUCGUUUUGUUUUGAAGGGGGCUGAACAAUGUCCUCGAAGGGUGAACAUCAAACUGUUCCACUUUCGGUGUUGUUAAAGCGUGAAGUGGCACAAGAAAAGAUUGAAAGGCCUGAGAUUUCUCAUGGUCAGGCUGGCCAAAGCAAGAAAGGGGAGGAUUUGACGUUAGUCAAGACGGAGUGCCAACGCGUUGCAGGAGAUGGGGUUUCCACGUAUUCUGUUUUUGCGCUAUUUGACGGGCACAAUGGGUCUGCAGCUGCCAUAUAUACCAAAGAGAAUCUUCUAAGUAAUGUUUUGGCUGCUAUUCCUUCAGAUCUCAACAGAGAUGAAUGGGUUGCAGCGCUGCCAAGGGCUUUGGUUGCUGGGUUCGUAAAAACUGACAAAGAUUUUCAAGAGAAAGCACAAACUUCGGGAACGACUGUCACCUUCAUGAUUAUUGAAGGAUGGGUCAUAACUGUAGCAUCUGUUGGUGAUUCUCGUUGCGUUCUUGAAUCAGCUGAAGGCGGAAUAUACUAUAUGUCAGCAGAUCACAGGCUUGAAUGCGAUGUAGAAGAGAGAGAGCGUAUUACUGCUAGUGGUGGUGAGGUUGGUCGGCUCAAUACUGGAGGUGGUACAGAGAUUGGUCCUCUAAGAUGUUGGCCUGGUGGCUUGUGUCUUUCCCGUUCCAUUGGAGAUAUGGAUGUCGGCGAGUUCAUUGUCCCUGUUCCUUAUGUAAAGCAAGUGAAGUUAUCGACUGCUGGUGGCAGGAUUAUUGUCUCAAGCGAUGGGGUUUGGGAUGCUUUAUCUGCGGAGAUAGCAUUUGAUUGUUGUCGUGGGAUGCCACCAGAUUCUGCAGCUUCACAGAUAGUAAAAGAAGCUGUACAAGUGAAAGGACUUCGAGAUGAUACAACGUGCAUUGUGAUUGAUGUACACCCUCCAGAGAAGCCAAAUCCCCCUUUGCCACCUCCAAAGAAGCAGGGUAAAGGAGUUUUUACAUCCAUGUUUCGGAAGAAGUCUACCGAGUCAUCGAAUGAUCCUCAACAACCUGAAAAAGAAUUUUGUGAGCCUGAUGUGGUGGAAGAACUAUUCGAGGAAGGAUCCGCAAUGCUAUCAGAAAGGUUGGAUACUAAGUACCCCCUCUGCAACAUGUUCAAGUUGUUCAUGUGUGCAGUUUGUCAAGUAGAGAUAAAACCAGGAGAGGGUAUUUCGAUACACGCGGGUGUUUCAACUUCAGCGAAAUUGCGGCCUUGGGAUGGCCCUUUCCUUUGCUUAGGGUGCCAAGAGAAGAAAGAUGCCAUGGAAGGGAAAAGACCUUCUGGAGAUGGAAGAUAUAGUAGCGGAAGUGACUAGUCAAAACUUUUCUUAAGUAGACCUGCUUUUUUGCGAGCACUAACUAUUGUUCCGGCCUGAUUGUAAACGGGAAGGCAGAGCUUUCUUGCCCUAUAUCCCCCUUCUGUAUGACGGGUUUGAGCAUUUUGAUCCAUCUUUGACAAUUGGUUGGGACCCGUGUGGACUUGUGUUUCCUUGCUCCAUUCAGAACAUCAGAGUUCGUUUAGUGUUUUGGGAAAUCUGUUUCAGACUCUGGGACAUUUUUCACUUCCGCCUGCCUCCUCUGGUAGAUACGUGUACACAUGGUUUAGAGAAUCAUCUCCUUCUGAAUUUGUUCAAUUGUAUUCUAGUCGUUCCCUUUCAUAGAGCUAACCAUCACGUGUAAGCAGCGAUCACUACAGUGUAAUAUUGAUAGGGAAACUCUUUUGUGAUUGUUCUGCUACGGAAUUUGUUCGUGUAUAAUCAAUCUGUAAUGUCUUGCCAAAAAGAAGGUAGUUUCUUCAGGAUGGGGAAUUCAUACUGUUUUCCCUUCCUUUUCUUUUUCUUUUUUUUCCGUGAACAUUUUCUGUAAUUCACUGCUGAUGAAAGAAAAAAACAGCUGUUCCAUCAA